AUGGUCGUCGAUCCAGCCAUAGAGAGUCGCCGAUGCAAGGACUAUGAUAUUCCGAUUGAUAAAUCCAACAAGAACACACCAGAGUCGAUUGACAACAGAAAGUGCAAGGCAUAUGACAUACCCAUUGAGAAUCGCAAGUGCAAGGAUUACGAUAUUCCUAUCGAGUAUCGUAAGUGUGAAGCUAAUGAUACUAACAUGAACAAGGAUUGUGACGACAAGAAGUAUAAGGACAAUGCCAGUUCCAUCAAAGAGAAAGCCAGUGCCAAAGGCUGUGGCAACAGUAACUCAGAUCCACACGAGUCAUCCGUCAUUUCCAAGGAUGAAAUUGCAUCUCGCGUCAUCAAAGAGGGCGUUACAAGGGAUCAGAUUGAGGAAGAGAUUAAAAGCUUUCUUCAAGUGCCAUUUCGCUGGCAAAACGAGGUCCGAUCCUUUUGGACGAUUUGCCUGUUUCUUACCCGCCUCCGUUGCCCACCUUGGGUAGACUUGCACCCUGGAUUCUUGAUGCGCGGUAUGUACUUCUUUCCUGUGGUGGGCACCCUUGUUGGUUUGGCCAUGGCGAUCUCCUUUGACUUCUUUCAUCAAUCAUUGGGCUUUCCACCUACGAUUGCAGCAGCAAUCAGCACCGCAGCUGGUUGGGCCGCCACCAAUUGUUUUCACGAGGAUGGACUCUGCGACAGUGCAGACGGCCUUGGCGGUGGUUGGAGACCCGAUCAGAUUCUGAAGAUCAUGACUGACUCUCGGGUGGGGACCUAUGGCUGUGCGACCUUUUGCCUGUACACCAUUGCAAAAGUCCAACUUCUGGCCGCGUUGGGGGAGUCGUGUUGGGAAUUUGGUGCAAGCAGAGGUGCGGGACCAGCCAUGGUGGUCUCCCAAUCCGUGGGUCGUAUCGCUGCUCCUUAUCUUCUCCGGCUCUUUGACUACAUUGACGAUGAGAAUGGUCCCAAGUCUAGCUUCUACGCCUUCCUCAAAUCGGCUAAGUAUUUGGUCAGUUGGCCUCGCGCUAUUCUUGGUAUUGCAUUCGGAUCUACCAUUGCAUUGGUAGUCUUUGGUCCCGAAGUUGCCCUCCUUGUCAUUCCAUCCGUACUGGCACUUGCACACUUGUCAGGUCGCUACGGCCGAAUUCGAAUGGGUGGAGUUAUGGGAGAUUUCUUGGGUGCCGUUAUUUGCCUGUCCGAAAUUUUGGUUCUGUGCUGCCUCUUGUUUGUCCAGAGCCAUGAUUCAGUGGUGAGUGGUUUGAAGCAGAUGAUGCAAGGCGCCGCGUUUGUUCGUUUUCUGCUCUACAUUCUCGCUCGGGAAGCAUGGACUCGGAUUGCCAACGAGUUCCCCAAUCCUGCUUCAGCCUCCCAAAAGAAGAAAGGCACGGAAGGAGAAGCCACAAUUCAAGAGAAGCCGAAGUCUACUGAGCCAAAGGAUAAUGCACCCAAGCAAAAGGCCAACGAAAUUCUUGCCAACCCAAAGAGCACCUUCCAAGAACGGCUCACUGCCGUUCAAUCGUACCUGGACGUCUUGGCCAAGCCUGUUGGAUCUUUGGGUACUCUCGAAGCCUGGGCCGCUCGUUUGGCUGCCCUCCACCGCAGUCUAUCGCCGAAUGUGGACCGGGUGGCCUGUUUGAUCUUUGCCGGUGACCAUGGAGUGGCAGCACCAAAAGCUCAAGGAGGCGAAGAAUGUUCUGCCUAUCCACAAGCUGUGACAAAAUCGGUGUUGCUGGGUUUGCACCGUGAGGUAGCAGGAGCAUCCGUCUUGGCAAAAGGUAACAAUGUCGAUCUGCGCGUUGUCGAUGUGGGAGUUAUCCUUGGCGACGAUCAGGGGCCUUUUGAAAACAGCAGUGUUGUGAAAGUGUCGUCCAGGAAGUUGCUACACGGAACUCAGAACUUCUGUGUCGAACCUGCGAUGUCAGAAGCAGAAUGUGAGCGCUGUAUGAUCGUUGGAAGGAAAAGCCUCAACGAAUUUGUUGAAGAGACUUCGGCCAAGGCUGUUGUAUUGGGAGAGAUCGGUAUUGGCAACACUACAAGCUCGUCUGCGCUCAUUGCUAUUAUGACCAGUAAGUCUGCCAGAGAGGUUUGUGGAGGAGGAGCCUUUGUGACAAAGGAGGCAUCCCAAGAGGUAAUCUUGAAGAAAAUUGACGUUGUCGAGCGAGCUUUGUCAAGGCAUUUUGGCGCAAAUGCGAGCCGUCAAGUCAAUGUCCAGGGAUUGGAAGCCUUGGCUAAGCUUGGUGGUGCCGAAAUCGCAUCUUUGGUUGGGGCCUUUUUGGAGGCCUCCACACGUGAGAUUCCUGUUCUGGUGGAUGGAUUUAUUGCAACAGCAGCAGCGUUGGUUGCCGUCGCCAUUUCGCCCAAUGUUUGUAAUGUAUUGUUCUUUACCAGUCAAUCUGCCGAGAUAGGGCAACGAGCUGCGUUGGAAAAGAUACAAGAAAUUGCAACGGCAAACGAAUUGCCCAUUGAUAACAUUCCAGCUCUUUCAAUGGGAUUGCGAAUGGGAGAAGGAACAGCAGCGCUUUUAGCUGUUCCGAUCUUGCGAAGCUCGGCCAAUGUGCUCUCCGAUAUGGCCACAAUUCAAGACAUUCUUUCGUGA